UAUGAAAACCAAUCCUCUGACGAUUCUGUUGAACGGGCACUUGGCUUAGAGGAUUCUGAGACCGAGUUCAUUCCAAUUCUCCGCUCUGGAGCAUGUGCUGAAGUUGGGUUCGGGGAAAAAAUGGAAGAUGUUUAUGUCUGUGUCGACUGCUUUAUAAGGGAUAACGGGAUCAAGAGUUUCGCUGAUGGGCCCAGUGCCUUCUACAGGGUGUUUGAUGGACAUGGGGGAAAACAUGCUGCUGAUUUUGCUUGCUAUCAUUUGCCAAAGUUCAUUGUUGAGGAUGAAGACUUUCCAAGAGAUAUUGAGAAGGAUGUUGCUUUAGCAUUUUUGCAAACUGACACUGCCUUUGCAGAUGCUUGCUCUUUGGAUGCGGCCCUUGCAUCUGGCACUACUGCUUUAGCAGCUCUUGUCGUUGGAAGGUUAGGGGUGUUCUACCGCCACAUAUAUAUUCACAUUUACCCCUUCAUGUAGAUAUGUAUUAUAUUUUAAUUUGACGU